AUGGAAUCAACCAUAAAUGGGAAAAAAAAUGAAAGCAGUCACCUUAGUAAGAAAGAAAAUAAGGAAAAGGAAAAUAAUAUAAAAAAUAAUGAAAACAAUAAACUAGCCAAAAUGAAUAAUAACAAUGAAAAAAUAUAUAAACCACUCCAAGAUAUCACAAACAAUUCUGAAAUAAAAUCAUUUAAUCAAAAUGUUAUAUUAUGGAGUUCAUCAUUUUUUAGUUUGAAGGAAGACGAUUUAAAAAUAUUUGGAAUCGAGCUAAAAAAAAGAAAUAUAUUCAAAAGAUGUUUUCAAAGAAUUCAUAAAAACAAAAGGAGAAGGUGUAUGUCAUUUAAUCCAUAUAGAGUACCACUAUCAUGUAAAAAAGUGGCAUUUGAUGAAAUGCUAAUAUCUGAACCUAAAAUAAUGAAAAAAAAAAAAAAAAAAAAAAAAAUAUAUAAUAAUCCUAAUAUGCCACAUGAUUAUUUUUAUAAAAAAUAUAUUUUUAGAGCCAAAAAAAAAAAUUGGCUAGAAACACAUUUAUAUCAUUCUAAAAAAUUUAAAAUGAUUGAUAUAUAUGGUUAUAAAUUAGCUUUAAAAAAUUGUAGUAAAAUAAGUAGACGGAUUUUUAGAUAUCAUAAAAGAAAAUCAUUAAUACAUGACAUGUCUUAUGUAGAAGUAAUACAAAUAUCUGGAAAUGAAAAUGAUAUAAUUCAUAUUUUAAAAAAAAUUACAAAUAUUGAACAAGCAAAUAUGAUAAAAGAAAAAUAUCUAUUAGGCAUCUUAUUAGGAAAGAUGUUCAUUUAUAAAUAUGAUCCUGCACAUGAAAAAAAUGACACCAAAACAGAUCAACCUGGUAAGGAAGAAAAUCAAAACUUUUUCAAUGCAGAAAAUUGUCUUAUAUGCCCUGCAUAUUUUUUAUGGAGAUCUAAAGAAGAAAAAACAACAAGCUCAAAAAAGGAUAAAAAAAAAAGUAAAAUAAAUCUAGCUAGCCAAAUUAACGAAUAUAAAAAUGAUAAGACAGAAAAAAUAGAGAAUAAAAAUAAGGGUGAUACUUUAAGGGAUCUUUGGAUAUUUAUUCAUCCAGUUUGUUUGAAAGAAAUUAUAGAAAACUUUGAAAAUGUAAUAUCUUGUGAAAUAAAUAGAAUUUCUAAUAAAGUGAAUAUAAAACAUAUUAAAAAUAUUUGUAUGUAUGAAUUAAUUGGGCCUAAUAGUUUUAAUUUAUUAGUAAAUAUUUUAAAAGUUAAAUCAAAAUAUAUUAUGAGAGAAAAAAAAGAUAUUUAUCAUUACAAAUAUGAGCAUAUAACAUUACCAACAGAUUUUGUUAUUCCUAUGUAUGCAAUUUUACCUAAAACAAUUGGGCCUUUUCUGCUUAAUUACAAAAUUAAUGAAAAUUUGUCUGACAAAUUAGUAGAAAAUAUAGAUAAACAAACUAAUGAGGAUAGUAAUAAAAUAAAUGAACAGAUGGUAACUGAAAAGGAAAAUAACCAGAACAUCCCAUGUCUUAAUGCUUUGAAUUAUUUACGAGAAAAAAAUAAAAAAGGAAAUAAAUUUUUAUUGAAAGCAAAUAAUUUCAGUCCCUAUGAUAAUAAUAUACUUAUGAAUGAAAAAAUAAAACAAAAUGUUAUAAAAACUUUUAAAAUUAAUAAAUAUAAACAUGUAAGGAGUAGGAAAAAAAAAAAAGUAAAAUUAGCCAUAUUAAAAAUGUUAAGUAAAAACAAGAAUAUUGCACCUUAUGAUGUUAUAAAAGAAAAAAAGCAAAGUAAUACAUUUCUUAACCUGGUGAACGAAGUAGAUAUAAACAUGAAAAAUGAAAGAAAAAAUAAUGCUAUAUUUGAUAAUAAUAUGUUAGAUAAUUAUGUAGACAACUUUUUAGAUGAAUGUAAAAAAGAAGAAAUGGAUAGGAAUAAUCAAAAUGAUGUUUGGAGUGUAAAAGAAUCAGAGGAAGAUGAAAUUUUAACGGAACUACAAAAAACAAAAGAACAAAUUAAAAAUAAUUCACAAAAAUAUAUAAAAAUACCAAUAUUAAUAAUAAAUAAAAGUGAUAAUAACAAUAAAAGAUUUUUUAUUUUAUGCCCAGCAAAAAAAAAAAGUUCAGUUUUAUUCAAUUUAUUAGUUCGAAAUGGAUCAAUAGCUAUAGGAUUAAAAGAAAGAGAAAAAAUUUUUAAAUGUUUAGAUUUUUUAUGUUAUCCUAAAGAUUUUCCUGACUCUGUUGGUGGAAUGGCUUAUAAUAAUAUAAGAGAGCAAUUAUCAAAAAAAAAACAUUUUAAAAAACCUAUAAAUAAAAGAGUAAAUUAUUAUUGCUUAGGAAUAAAUAAUCCAUUCAAUUAUUCAUGGAUAUCUAUAUAUCCCUAUACUAAUAACAAUAUUAAAAUUAUAAGAGUUACAGAUUCAUAUAAUAUUUUUUUAAUUAAAACAUUUUUAAAUCGAUUUGUUUCGAUAUCAUUAAAUAAAUUAAAUGAUAUAAAUGACUUAGAAUCAUUUUACACAUUUAUGGAAGAUGUAAAAUCAAAAUUUUAUGUUUUAUCCAAUUAUUUUAUUUCUGUUUAUGUCUAUGCAUACAAGGAGGGAACCCCGAAAAGGUUGUCACACAUUUGCUCCAUAUCCUUGAAGAAGUUGAUAAAAUUUUUCACUCAAUACCCCAACACGAAAAAAAUCCAAAAAUGGCUAGUUCACAAAAAAAUAGAAGCAAAGAAAAUAUAUAAUAGUAAAAAAAUUGAAAAGCCCAAGGAGCCAGUUAUUUCGAGGUAUAAAAACAGAGUCGUUAAAAAAAGGGAAUUAAAAAAAAAUGCAAAUAAUAAACAAAAUAUAUCAUAUAUACUUCAAACAGAAGAUAAACAGUCUGAUACACAAAAAUGUGAAAAUAAUAAUGAAGAAAUAAUUUUAGCAUCGAAAAAAAUAAUUGGUUUUGUUUCUAGUGGUGGGCAUGUCCUAUCAAAAGGAUAUGGAUAUGGAGUUGCUCAUAUUUCCUUUUACUUAUUUUUGGAAAACAUAUUAUAUCACAUAUUUGUUUUGAAAUUAAUUACAUCAAAUGAAAUAAAAGCUAGUCAAAAUGGAACUGACUUCACGUGUUUAGCAUUAAUGAGGAAUACCAAUUCGUCCCAUUAUUACCACGUUUGGCUUAGCUUGGUGGCAGAAGACAAAUACCUUCCUUUUUAA